AUGAAUGAUGAAAAAGAACAUGAAAGGUUACAAAAUUUAAUUGAUGAUGUUUUAAGUGAUGAACUAAGCGAUCCAGAUGUAGAUCCGGAAGACAGUGAGGAAAGCCUUUUAGAGGAUAACUGUAUCUCUUUCUAUUCGUCUUUAAAAGAAGGACUCUAUGCAAAUAACACACUUAGUGACUUAACAAUCCCAAAUGGACAGUCUCUAAUACCAGUAUAUUUUCCUUCUACCUCUGGUAACAAAAGAACUCGUUUCACCAACAUAAGUUUUGACUUACCUACUUUAUGGGUUACUGCUAGAUCUCCAAACUUAAAGUUUAGAAAUGCACCACCCACCAUAGCCUUUGCAGCUCCUAAAUCAGCUCCUAAAAAGAAAUCAAAAACUGAUGAUGAAGAAAUUGACGACUAUAAUCAGAAAUUUGGAGACAAAUGUAGAGACACAAAGCAAUGCGCGUUUGAUGGAGCCGUCUGCGACGAUAUAACCCACAAAUGUCUUUGCAAGCCCGAUCUGCCAGUCACGAAUCACAUCGAUAAAUGCGGUAUAUCCAAAGCUAGAGAAAUUGGAGAAAAACAGUUAUCUGAAAUAGAUUUGGCCUCUACCAUAAAGUCUUUUGAGACUUCUGAGAGUUGUGCUGUUAAAAUCAGAAGAUAG